GGUGUAAAUGGUCACAGAUUGGGUCAUUCUAACAUGGGCUCAUACAUUGUUUGCUUUGUAAUAUGUUUCAGGUAUAUUGCGAGUUCAACCGAGUGGUGGGGCAGGGUCUCAGAGAGAACUUCUUUGAUGCACUUGACCGUUUCUCUCCAAGCCUGAUGGACCUCUUUAGGAAAAAGAGGGGCCUCACCGGCCAGAUUUUGACUGACCUUCUCCAUAAGACAAAGGUCAAUGAGCCAACACACAUAAGGUGCCUCAUUCUUCGGGGAUUGCCGGUCAUCUUGGGGGAUGAUCCCAGUGCAUUCUUCAGGAACUGCUCUGAUGUAAAUGACAAUGGCCUAUACAGUCAAACUGCAGUGGGAAUCCUCUGCAUGGAUGAGGAAAAUUCAACUCCACUCAACCCAUCCAAAGUAGGCAUCAUCUUGGAAGGGAGCGUGGUGAUGGACAACCUGGCAAACCUACCUCAGGCCUUCUGCCUUCUUUUUGGACUAAUUUAUGCCCUGCACCUCGAUUACCCUAAGUAUAUGAAAAACACUUUCAACUUUGUUCAGCAGCUACCAGCAGCACUGUUAGGUUUUAAAAGAGCGUCCCCGCGCCACGGGAUCUCCCAUGGCAACCCUGAGAUCAGCUGUUGCAGACAUGGAAACCAUGACGCGGCCGUGCGCUCCGGAGCUAUGAGGAUGGCUGACAGCCGUUCCUCUAGAACUCGAUCCAGGAACCGUGGAAUCAAAGGACACGGUGGAAAAGCGUAA